AUGCUCACAAUCCCGUGCUGCUCCGGCAGUCAGCUCCCUGGAUUCUGGGGGGAGCACUUGACGUCAGUCGCACCAGGAAAGAAAAAGAGUGAUGUAGAGACCGCGUUUGCUAAGAGCUCUUUACUGAGGCGAACACCACCAUCUUCGCCAAAAGUGCCCGUAUUGACACAAACAUUGGAAGUAUCAGACAUUAGUGAAUUGUCCAAUGGAAAAGAAGAAGCUAAUUGUAUUAGCACAGAAGAUGCUACUAGGUCUUCAUACGAAGGCACUAGUUCAGGAGAACAUAUAUUCAUGAGUGCGCCCUCAUGGGCGGAAAACUGGAAGUCAUUCCUGCUGAUGAUGGAGAAACAGAACCUUUUGCUGGAAUCCUUACAAGAGGCAUUGUCGGGUGUUCGAGGACGGAUGUUGAAGAAUAACCCACAAGACGUCAAGAUAGGAGUAGAGAAGGCUUUUCAUUUGGUUAAUAACUUAACUUCACUGACCAAGGACCUUAAGGGAAGGGGUGAGAGUUUCCAGAAGGAACUGGCAAUCUCCCCUCGUGAAAGUUUAAGGUACCGCCCUAGAGCAGCAUCCACUGGCACUGCGAUAGUUCGGCCCAGAGGCGAAAAAAGGGAGGCAUCUAGAACACCUGACGAAAAGAGGGAUCCAAAGAAAGGCAAACUGACACGCUCAGUCAACCAGCGUCAAAGGAGUCUCCGGGGCAAAGUCAGGACCACCACUAGCAAGAAAGAGAAAAUAAAGGAGAAAGCCGCAAGCAAAGAGCAUAAAGCGGACAAGGAGGGCAGAGCGGCGCCUUCAAAGAGAACACGUAAGCGCAGAACGUCAGAAGCAAUCAAAGUCACUGCGAAAGAAGGAGAGUCUUUUGCAGACAUCCUGAAGACUAUGAAGGCUAAAGUAAAUCCAGCCGAAACUGAGACAGAGAUCUUGUCCAUUAGAAGAACAAGGGACAAUGAUAUGCUGUUUGUCCUUAAAAAAGGCGGAAAGGCUUCUGAGUUUGCCCACGCUCUGGCAGAGGCGGUAAAGGAAAAGGCCGAAGUCAAAAGUCUAACCUCGUUCAAGACCUUAGAGCUAAGAGACUUGGAUGAAACCGUUACGGUAGAGGAAGUUAUCAACGCACUCCACCAGAAACUUGACAAGGACGCAGUGGACAUGAAUUGUCGCCUAUUUUCUCGACGUGACGGCCUGAAGGUAGCACUUGUCAAGACUUCGGAAUUAGACGCAGAACACUUGCUGAAGGCGGGACGGGUUCGUAUUGGCUGGGUGAACUGCAGGAUACGAGAACAUGUAGAAGUGACGAGAUGUCAUAGAUGCUUGGGAUUCGGACAUAUUGCAAAAGGUUGUGAAAAGCCCGAGAGACGCACCGCUAGUUGGAAAUGUGGAGCCACAGGACACUUCGCCAAAGCAUGUCAAGAGGCCCCGAAAUGUGUUACCUGCCUGGAUAUGGAAAAAUCUUUCGACCCUGAGGCAAAGAUAACCCCAAUGCAGGAUCUGGUUCGCCAAUGGAAAGCCAAACCACUACAUGGUCGGUAUAGGAGCCGCAUAGAAGACAACGCCAUUGACACGAAGGCUUCCCAAGGAUGGUUGCAGUCAGAGGAGAAAAGAGGAGAAAAGAAGAAGAAUGAAGAAGAAGAAGAAGAGAGAGAAGAAGAGAAGAAGAAGAAGAAGAAGAAGAAGAGAAGAAGAAGAAGGAAGAAGAAGAAGAAGAAGAAGAAGGAAGAAGAAAGCAGAAGAGAAGAGAAGAGAAGAAGAAGAAGAGCAGAAGAAGAAGACGAAGAAGAAGAAGAAGAGAGAAGAAUAAGAAGAAGAAGACGAAGAGAGAAGAAGAAGAAGAUAAGAAGAAGCAGAAGAAGAAGAAGACGAAGAAGAAGAAGAAGAAGAAGAAGAGAAGAAGAAGAGAAGAAGAAGAAUAAGAAGAAGAAGAGAAGAAGAAGAAGAAGAAGAAAAGAAGAAGAAGAGAAGAAGAAGAAGAAGAAAAGAAGAGAAGAAGAAUGA